AUGCUCACAUUUUGUCCAGAAUGCGGAAGUGUAUUGCAAAUUGAAGAUGGUCCACAAUGUAUGAGAUUUGCAUGUCCAUCUUGUCCCUAUGUUUGUCCCGUCACAGAAAAAGUGAGUUUGAAAAAUUUUGGUCUGGCCUGAUAAGCUAGGGAGAAUUUUUCAAAAGUAUUUCUGAAUCAGUCUAAUUUCUCGAUUCAAAAAUUUUUUUGUUUAUUAUUUCACGAAUAGUCAAAAAUUGGGAUCUUUUUUCGGAUUUUGUCCAAAACAAUGGGUUUUAUUUAAAAAGUUGGAAGUUCCUCACAAUCAGAUUUUCUGAAUUGGAUUCUUUAAACUUUAAAAUAAUUUAAAAACACUAAAUCUUGUACAAUUUUCAACAAGAAAAUCGCGAAUGUGAAAAUUUCUAGCUUGAAUUUUUUCGAGAACAAAUUUGAAUUUUUGAAUUUUGAGAAUCAUGCUUAUUCCCUUCACCCAAAAAAUCAUAUUUAUCUUCCAGGUAUCUAGUCGAAUCUAUCCAAAACUCAAAGACAUUGAUGACGUGUUAGGUGGACCGCAAGCUUGGGAAAAUGCACAAAUUACAGACGGUUAGUUCAAUAUUUUUGCACAAAAUUUCGAGUCACAUUGUAAAAGUUCUUGUUUAGAACGUUGUCCAAUUUGUUCACAUGAGCGUGCAUAUUUCAUGCAAUUACAAACUCGUUCAGCUGAUGAGCCAAUGACUAUUUUCUAUCGAUGUGCUGAUAAUGGAUGUGCACAUCGGUGGAAAGAAUAA